AUGUCGCUCUCCCCAGAUGCCCGCGACCAGUAUGUACCGAUCAUUGACUCCAUACUGGGGAAAAGUGAUCUCAACACCAUCUCCGAAAAGCGCAUCCGCAAAGGACUGCAGGAAGUGGUCGGCUAUGAUCUUACUCCGCAGAAGGUCUGCUCGCCGCCGCCCGUCCUGUCGCAAAUCUCGUGUUCCCGGUCCCCCACGUUGCCGACGGCUGCGAUCAAGCAGCUGAUCAUGGAGAGGUUCGACCUCUUCGCCGAGCAGGGUGGUAUAGGAGCUUCGCCCGAUCCCAGCGCCCCGGCGACCAAUGGCCACGACAAGGACCACGACUCCGUGACACCUGUCGAACCUUCGUCUCCCGCGCAAUCUUCGUUGUCGCAGAAACGCCAUGCGGAUAGCGAGGAGCGUUCCGAUCAAUCCAGCAAGUCGCCGCCGGCCAAGAAGAAGAAGCAGGACAACGACGUUGACGCGGAUGCUCUUUUUGCCGCCAAGCUCCAGGCCGAGGAAAACAUGCGUGCACGCCCUACCCGUGGCUCUAACACGCGCAGAGCCGCGCCGGCGAAAAAGAAGACCAAGGCUAAAACAUCCAAAAAGGUCAAAGCGGAGGACGAUUCGGAUCUUGAGUCGGGAUCGGACGCCGGCAAAAAAGUUAAUCGAUCUGGCGGAUUUCAUAAACCUCUAACGCUAUCCCCCGCACUUUCCGCUCUAUUAGGUGGUGAAGAAACACUUUCUCGCCCACAAACCGUGAAGAAACUGUGGCAGUACAUCCACGAGCAUGAUCUCCAGGACCCGAGCGAUCGGCGGCAAAUCCGAUGCGACGACCCCAUGCGCGCGGUCUUCAAACAAGACCGCAUACACAUGUUCACGAUGACCAAAAUCCUCAGCCAAAAUCUGUACAACCAGGACGAAUAG